GGAGGCAUCUGGCUCAGCCCCUGUGCUGAGGAAAUGGGAAGCUGGUCGGUGUACUGUGCGGUGGGGUCUGCGAUCUGCUGUGUCCAGAGCGCUCCGCAGCCCCCACACGGAGAUCGAGGGGCUUCUGUUCCCAGACGGGAGGAGUGGCCGGCCAUGACUGCAGUGACCUAUGAUGAUGUGCAUAUCGACUUCACUUGGGAGGAGUGGACUUUGCUGGAUCACUCCCAGAAGAAUCUCUACAAAGAUGUGAUGCGAGAGACAUACAGGAACCUCACUGCUAUAGGCUACAGUUGGGAAGACCAUAAUAUUGAAGAACAUUGUCAAAGUUCUGGAGGACAUGGAAGGUACAAAAAAUGUCACAGAGGAGAGAAACUCUCCAAAUAUACUCAUUGUGCAAAACCAUCUUCAUAUCACAGUCAUCUUCAGAAGAAUGAAAGUAUUCAUAAUGGAAAGAAACCCUAUAUUUGUAUUCAGUAUGGUGAAGGCUUUGCACACAACACUAGUCUCAGAAUACAUAAAGGAAAACAUAUUGGAAAGAAAACCAAUGAAUGUAAUCAGUGCAAUAAUACCUUCACCAGUUAUGGUCAUCUUCGAAUACAUAAAAGAACACAUACUGGAGAUAAACCAUAUAAAUGUAAUCAAUGUGGUGAAGUAAGUACAUGUCUCAUUAGUCUUCACAGACAUAAAGGAACACAUAAUGGAGAGAAACCCUAUGAAUGUAAUAGAUGUUGUAAAGUCUUUGAAUAUGCGAGUAAUCUGCAAGUACAAGAGAGAACACAUAACAGAGAGAAGCCGUACAAGUGUGAUCAAUGUGAUAAAGACUUUUCAAUACAGAUUACACUUCAAAUACAUAAAAGAAUACAUGCUGGGGAGAAACCCUACAAAUGUAAUCAAUGUGAUAAAGCCUUUUUACUAUGCACUCUUCUCCAAAGACAUAAAAGAACACAUAGUGGAGAGAAACCCUACAAAUGUAAUCAAUGUGAUAAAGCAUUUUCACGCACCAGCCAUCUCCAAAGACAUAAAAGAACACAUACUGGAGAGAAACCCUACAAAUGUAAUCAAUGUGGUAAAGUUUUUUCACAAAACUUUAAUCUCCAAGUACAUAAGAGAACACAUUCUGGGGAAAAACCCUACAAAUGUAAUCAAUGUGAUAAAGCGUUUUCACGAGUCAGUCAUCUCCAAAGACAUAAAAGAACACAUACUGGAGAGAAACCCUACAAAUGUAAUCAGUGUGACAAAGUCUUUUCACAAAACUUUAAUCUCCAAGUACAUAAAACAACACAUUCUGGGGAAAAAUCCUACAAAUGUAAUCAAUGUGAUAAAGCCUUUUCACUACACAGACAUCUCCUACAGCAUAAAAGAAUACAUAAUGGUGAGAAACCCUACAAAUGUAAUCAAUGUGAUAAAGCCUUUGUAUGUGUGAGUACUCUCCAAAUACAUAAAAGAACACAUACUGGAGAGAAACCCUACAAAUGUAAUCAAUGUGAGAAAGCUUUUUCACAACACAAUAGUCUCCAAAUACAUAGAAGAACACAUACUGGAGAGAAACCCUACAAAUGCAAUCAAUGUGAGAAAGCCUUUUCACAACACAAUAGUCUCCAAAUACAUGAAAGAACACAUUCUGGAGAGAAGCCCUACAAAUGCAAUCAAUGUGAUAAAGCCUUUUCAGGACACAGUAAUCUUCAAAUGCAUAAAAGAUGUCAUUCUAGGGAGAAACCCUACAAAUGCAAUCAAUGUGAGAAAGCCUUUUCACAACACAAUAAUCUCCAAAUACAUAGAAGAACACAUUCUGGAGAGAAACCCUACAAAUGUAAUCAAUGUGAGAAAGCCUUUUCACAACACAAAAGUCUCCAAAUACAUAGAAGAACACAUACUGGAGAGAAACCCUACAAAUGCAGUCAAUGUGAUAAAGCCUUUUCAGGACUCAGUAAUCUUCACACGCAUAAAAGGACACAUUCUGGAGAGAAACCCUAUGAAUGCAAACAAUGUGGUAAAGCCUUUUCACGACACAGUCUCCUCCAAAUACAUGAAAGAAUACAUAAUGGAGAGAAACCCUACAAAUAUAAUCAAUGUAAUAAAGCCUUUGCAUAUGCCAGUAAUCUCAGAGUACAUGAAAGAACACAUACAGGAGAGAAACCCUACAAAUGUAAUCAAUGUGAUAAAGCCUUUUCACUACACAGUCUUCUUCGAAGGCAUGAAAGAACACAUACUGGAGAGAAACCCUACAAAUGUAAUGAAUGUGAUAAAGCCUUUACAUACGCCUUUAAUCUCAGAGCACAUAAAAGAACACAUACUGGUGAGAAGCCAUACAAAUGUAGUCAGUGUGGUAAAGCCUUUUCACGACACAGCCAUCUCCAAAUACAUAGAAGAACACAUACUGGAGAGAAACCCUACAAAUGCAAUCAAUGUGAUAAAGCCUUUUCACAACACAGUCUUCUCCAAAGACAUAAAAGAACACAUACUGCAGAGAAACCCUUCAAAUGUCAUCAACGUGAUAAAGUCUUUUCAGGACCCACUAAUCUCCAAAUGCAUAAAGGAACACAUGCUGGAGAGAAGCCCUACAAAUGUAAUCAAUGUGAUAAAGCCUUUUCACGAGUCAGUCGUCUCAAAAUACAUAAAAGAACACAUACUGGAGAGAAACCAUAUGAAUGUAAUCAAUGUGGUAAAGCCUUUGUAUGUGUAAGUACUCUCCAAAUACAUAAAAGAACACAUACUGGAGAGAAACCCUACAAAUGUACUCAGUGUGACAAAGCCUUCUCCCGACAAUGUUAUCUCCAAGUGCAUGAAAGAACACAUUCUGGAGAGAAACCCUACAAAUGCAAUCAAUGUGAUAAAGUCUUUUCCCGACAAAGUUAUCUCCAAGUACAUAAAAGAACACAUACUGGAGAGAAACCCUACAAAUGUAAUCAAUGUGAUAAAGUCUUUUCACGACACAGUAAUCUCCAAGUACAUAAAAGAACACAUAAUGGAGAAAAACCCUACAAAUGUAAUCAAUGUGGUAAGGACUUUUCACAAAAAGGUCAUCUCCAAAUACAUGAAAGAACACAUACUGGAGAGAAACCCUACAAAUGUAAUCAAUGUAAUAAAGACUUUUCACGACACGGUCAUCUCAAAAUUCAUGAAAGAACACAUACUGGAGAGAAACCCUAUGAAUGUAAUCAAUGUGGUAAAGCCUUUUCAUGUUCCAGUAGUCUGCGAAUACAUGAAAGAACACACACUGGAGAGAAACCCUACAAAUGUAAUCUAUGUGAUAAAGCCUUUUUACUACACAGUCAUCUCCAAAGGCAUGAAAGAACUCAUACAGGAGAGAAACCCUAUGAAUGUAAUCAAUGUGGGAAAGCCUUUGCCUGUGCCAGUAGUCUCCAAAUACAUAAAAGAACACAUUCUGGGGAGAGACCCCUUAAUUGUAAUCAAUGUGGUAAAGCCUUUGCAUGUCCUAGUAGUCUCCGAAUACAUAGAAGAACACAUUCUAAAUAGAAUCCCUGUGAAUACAAUUAUUGUGGUAAAAUGCUUUUAAGACACAAGACAUCUCUGAACACAUAGAAGAACACAUACUGGAGAGAAACCCUAUGAAUGUCAUCAAUGUGGUAAAGCCUUUGCAUGAAUCAGCAGUUUGAAAUCAUGAGAAAAUAAUGCAGAGAAACCCUAUAAAUGUAAAGUUUUGCACUUCAUGGUAGUCUUUAUACAAGAGUAAGACUUUUAGUGUAUAAUUGGUCUCUUAAAGUCUUUGCAUUUUACAGUAGUCUUUGAGGGGCCUGACAAAAUUAAUACUGAAGGAAAGGCCAUAAAGGGUUUGGUAAAAUCUUUCAUUUGGACAAAAGACCUGUAAAUUUAAAUGAUGAGGUUUCCAUUUUCUAUUCCACAGUUCUCUUCAAUUACAUGCAAUAAGGCAUCCAGGUGUAACACUUACUGGAUGUGUAGUAGUAUUUCCUUGUCUAUUGCUGUGACAAAACAUGAUAUCUAAGUCUACUCAUGAAAGAGUUGUCCCUUGGGUCCAGAAGGGUACAGAAUCACAAUGGAAGUGGCAUGGCAACAAGUUUCAAACACGGCAGCUGCAGCAGAAUGCUAAGAACUGUCAUCUUUCACCUACAACAUGAAGGUGAAACUAAAACUGGAAAUGGUGUGUGGAUGUGAAUUCUCAUGCUCACCCCCAGGGACUUAAUUCUUCCAGCAGGGCAUGCAUUACCCAAAUCUUUCCAAAUGAUACCACCAACUGAGCAAGAAUGAUUUCUCUGACUGCAUGCCUACAUGCUGGCUCUGUUUGCUUUCUGUUACAUAAAUCAGUUCAUGAUGAAGAAAACUCUGUAAGUAAGCCUUUUGAUACUUCAACACCUGGGUUACAGGAAUAAAUCCUUAAGAGAGAAAAACAUUCUUGAGUGAAAAUCUCACUGUUAAAAAUUUGUUUUAAUUGUGUGAUCUCAGUGUGUCUUUACUGUGUGCAUGGUGAUUCACCAAAAGUGUAUACCCUUGGCUCUCCCUUUAGCUGGAAUUACGGAAACGUGUUAAAAACCUGACCUUUUUCCUGGGAAUGAACUUCUCAUAACUACUUGGCCAUGUCUCUCAGCCUGUAGAUAUUUAAAAGCCUUUAUAUUUCAUCUUGAUGUCAGGAAAUAGGAAAUAAUUCCUACAAGAGAAAAACCCUACUCAGGUAAAUGAUUUGUUAGAGACUUGACAUCACAGUUUUCUUCAAUUUCAAGAAAACAAUCUUGUUUCAUUUCUUUUUCAUCGUAUCCUUCAAGAAAGCAUAUAAUAUUUAACAUGUUCACUCAAGACAGAUUGUGGAGAGCACUGCAUUGUUGUUUCUAUUUUUGCAACAUUUGAGUUAUGUACUAAAGUGUGCUAUAAGUGUGGCAAAUCCAUUUAGUGAAGUUUAUAUUUUUGUCCUGUUAUUCUUUCUUUGACUUCUGUUUACCUUUUGUUGUGCUUUCACUUAGUAAUAGGUAUUUUUCUACUGCAAUGUAUAGAAUGGGAUGCCCAUCUUCUAAGUGGUCCAUUGUUUAUUUAAAUAUCUGGAAGUUUGUGAUCAUCCUUUUCAAGUAAGAGUCCUUGUGAAAGGGUGGUAAAUUGUUCUGUUUUUCAUAUUUUCAUAAAUUCCCUUGAAGUUGUUUAUUAUCAGCCUGGCUUCAAUGUCAGUAAAUAGUCAGGGAUACAUUUGUACUCGUGAUACUUGUGUCACUCUGCUGAGUACAAGUCCAACAAUAGAUGAUAUACCCCAAUGUAUGCUGUUUUGUUACCAUGUUUUAGCAUUAAUGUUAUAAUGUUUAAAUAAAAGUAUAAGAAACAUUAAAUACUUCAUAUGUAUCCAAAGCUGUAUAUUCAUAUAUCUGGUAGAAAUGUAAUAAUGUAGCAUAAUCAGCAAUCAACUGUGCAUUUCACACCAUAGCUUCAUGUGCUAUGGAUAUGUAUAUAUUAUUUGACAUUCCAAGUGUCUUCAUGCCCCCAUUAGUUAUCCAUUUGAGACUUCAUCUAUAACUACUGUGUUCUAAGGGAAUUAUCCAGAGAUGCCAAAUAAUGUACUGAAAAAAAUUCUGGUGUGUGUGUGUGUGUGUGUGUGUGUGUGUGUGUGUGUGUGAGAGAGAGAGAGAGAGAGAGAGAGAGAGAGAGAGAGAGAUGAUUAUGGUUUUUUGAGCCAUGACACAUAUGUCUAGUCUGAAGAAAAAUUUGCAGAGUCUCCUUUUUUUCCUUAUUUAUAUGGUGAUAAGAUGAGUUUGCCAAUCUCAUACACCACAGACCAUUCCCACUGAGACAUCACUGAUUCUCAAAUAAGAUUAGUUAAAGUGUGAUACAGCUAAAAUGUUGUCUUCUUUUCAUGUUGUAAACAUACUUUCAUCCAAAGAUAAUGGAAAACAGCACCAUCUGAAUAAUAAAUCUAAUUUGCAAAUGAAAAUGA